UUAAAAGCUAAGUUACGUUGUAAUGACAGCGGUGUGACUCUUGACACCCGUGUAAGUUCAGUAGUUGGACGUAUGUCGUGUUUUCCUCGCGUUACACUCGAAAGUGGCCGUGACGCGUCUGUCUGAGCUCGUGUUCUGACGGCUCCCCUUCCUCCCGGUGACGCAGGGAACAUGUCCGCCGGCUGUGUGCGGUUGUGCAGCGCCUCUUUCUCACGGAGCCGUCGCUAAGGCCUGUUCCUGCGGGUUAUUUCCAUCACGAGCCCCCCGUACAGAAAUGUCACUGGCGGAGUACGAGAGACACUUCGACUCGCUGAACUCGGACCUGAGCGGCGGGUCUGUGGUCAGCGAGCGAUCCGCCAGCCAGUUUAAUGGCGAGGAGGAGAAGCUGCACUACAUCCCCAUCCGGAUCCUCGGGAGAGGGGCUUUUGGAGAGGCCACUCUGUACCGUAGGACCGAGGACAACUCUCUGGUGGUAUGGAAGGAGGUGGAACUGAAGUCGCUCUCGGAGAAGGAGAGCAGAGAUGUCAUGAACGAAAUCAGCAUCCUCUCCAUCCUGGAGCACAACAACAUCAUCGCCUAUUUCAAUCACUUCCUGGAUAAGAACACUCUGCUCAUUGAGUUGGAGUACUGCAAUGGAGGAAAUCUGUAUGAUAAAAUCAACCAGCAGAAGGGGAAACUUUUCUCUGAAGAGGUGGUCAUAUGGUACCUGUACCAAAUUGCCUCAGCCGUUUGCCACAUUCACAAAGCUGGGGUAUUACACAGAGACAUCAAAACUCUGAACAUUUUCCUGACAAAGACUGACCUCAUCAAGCUCGGCGACUAUGGGCUCGCAAAGAAGCUCGACUCAGAGUUUUCAAUGGCAGAGACUUGUGUGGGAACUCCAUAUUACAUGUCUCCUGAAUUGUGCCAGGGAUCAAAGUACAACUUCAAAUCAGACAUCUGGGCAAUGGGUUGCGUAAUUUUUGAAGUCUUAACCCUUACAAGAACCUUUGAUGCAACGAACCCUCUGAACCUCUGUGUGAAAAUAGUCCAGGGCAACUGGACGAUGGACGUGAACUCGGAUGUUUAUUCGUCUGCAUUGAUCAAGAUGGUGUACGAGUGCCUCGAUCAAGAUCCUGCAGGGAGGCCUACGUCUGAGCAGAUUCUGGACCAGCCGUUCAUCUCUUGCUGUCGAAAGGAGAUGGAAGAGCGAGUAGCCCUGCUGAAUUCAGCGAUGAAGAAACCAAAGCUAAGUACAGUGACCGAAACCCCUGUUGCCGUGGUGACCACGCGUUCAAGGGAGGUGUACUUCUGGGGCGGAGGGAAGUUCACCCCCCAGAAAAUGGACACAUUUAAAGGAGGCAGCAGUGCCCAGCAUGUUUGUGCAGGAGAGAGUCACUUUGCAGUUGUGACAGUGGAAAAAGACUUGUAUACCUGGGCUAAUGUGCAAGGCGGAGGCAAGAUGGUGGGCCAACUGGGGCAUGGAGACCAGUCCUCAUAUCGACAGCCUAAGAGGGUGGAGAAGCUCCAGGGGAAUGCCAUCCGACAGGUGGCGUGUGGGGCUGACUUCACCGCCUGUGUCACCGAUGAGGACCAAUUGUACAUGUUUGGGUCAGACUAUUAUGGCUGCAUUGGAAUGGAGGGCGAGAUGGGAGUUGAGGUUCUGGAGCCGGUGCUUUUAGAGUUUUUUGAGGAGCGGCCUGUCCGUCAGGUUUCGUGUGGGGACAACCAUGUGGUGGUGCUGACUCAGAGCGGGGAAGUCUACUCGUGGGGCUGUGGAGAGUACGGGCGACUGGGUCUGGAAUGCGAGGAUGAUUUUGCUUCUCCUAUGCAAGUGGAGAUCCCCAAAGGUGCCGUCAUCUCUUCAGUGUCAUGUGGCAGCGAUGGAACCUUCUAUUUGACAGAAACUGGCAAAGUCCUGGCAUGUGGAAACAAUGAAUUCAACAAGCUGGGUCUGAACCAGGGAAUCUCCGGUCUGAAAAACCGACCCGGGGAGGGUUACCAAGGCACCCCAUACAUCACCACACUGACCUUGGUAAAACAGCUGUCUCGAUUCACCAUCCAGGUCAUUUCCCCAGGGAAGACCCAUACAGCUGCGAUUGAUGAACGUGGUCGUUUGAUGACCUUCGGUUGCAACAAGUAUGGACAGCUGGGUGUGAAGGACUUUAAGAAGCAUCAGGGGGUCCAAGUCCUUGUUGGGCCCUUUGGAGGGAAGACAGUGACUAAAGUGUCCUGUGGAGAUGGAUUCACCAUUACAGCCACUGAGGACAAUCAAAUCUUUGCCUGGGGAAACGCGGGAAACGGGCGACUUGGGAUGCCUGCUGAUAAGGGAUUCGGUUCAGAGGUGUGUCCUGCCAUGCCAAGGCCCAUCUUUGGUUCCCUCCAUCAUGUACCGGACCUCUCUUGUUGUGGCUGGCACACCAUUAUCAUAAUGGAGAAAGUGCUGAACUCCAAGACUAUUCGCUCCAACAGCAGUGGGCUAUCAGUUGGUAGUUGGCUGGCUCAGGAGGCGUCUACCUCCACAGUUGAUCUGGACAUAGAGCCUGGCGCAGAGACUGAGUGUCGCGACAGAGGUCUUGGAGGAACCCGGGAGGCAAAUACAGAGCGGCCCCUCUUUGAGAGCCCAAUGACGUCAAUGGCAAAUCAGACUGGGGACAGCUCCUGUCCAUUCUGGCUCAGAAAGGAGCUUGAGGAUGCAGAGUUCAUCCCGCUGCCGGAAGGUUCUGAGCUGUCCACUCCUGACCAGCUCUCUUCUGUCUCAGAAAGCGUCACUCUACCUUAUGAGGAGCUGAAGGAGCUGAAGGCUGCAGCAGCAGCUGUCAGCAGUAAGAAAGAACUCUCGACUAAGCGAAUGAGCUGUGAUAACAUCAAUGGAAUGGAGGAGACUCGUGUCUGCACGAAAGGAGAAUCGAUUGUAUGCUGCAGUGCCAGUAGGGAGGUCACACAGCUGCAUGAGACAGUCGCUUGUCAAGAGAUGAGGAUCCAGAUGCUGGAGAAGCAGGUCAAAGACCAGCAGAAGGAGAAUGAGAGGCUCUGGGCGGCAAUUCAUUCUUCAGCUCUCCGGGAAGCGGGACGGUCCAAUAAUGGAAACCCCCACUCUGAUCGUGUGCCUGGGGAUGUAGGUGGAAGGGCAGGCGGAUUCACAAACCACGGGAGCAGAUCUGCAGGGGCCAGCGUGUGAACCGCCACUUGCAGGUUUCUAUAUUAUGGGAGAAGUGUCACAACUCACAGCACAUACUGAGUAAACAAGCUGGUUGGUUGCAAAGUGCAGGCUCGGUCAGAGGUGCAGCACAAGAUGCAUCCUCGUGCCCACUCACAAGGGUUACAUUACAGUAUACAUGUUUGGCAGAAUGCUUACAGUUGCAUGGUUACAUUUUACUGUAAUACUGUAUAAUACGUGCACACUUGUGUUCACAUGGGUGCAGUGAUCUAGCUCAGUUUCUCCACACACUGAAAUGUUGGCUGGACUCAACAUGAAUCGUUGGACCUUGACACACUGGAGAGAUAUACUGAUCAAAGUGUUACUCUGCAAUGUGAAGGUAAAUGUAUCGGUGGUGUUAGUGUUGAUUUGUAGGGAUGUCAGCACCAAGGCUUCAGUCCUUUUGCGCCUUAGAUAUUCGUAUUUAUCGCAUAACGGGCAAAACUAGCUCAUGCAAAUAGUAAAUAAUUUGCUCAUACAUCCAAGGUUAAGAUGUCCUCUUCUCUUUCAGCUGUUCAGCUUGGCAGCCAGUAUGUUGUCCACACAACAAUGGUCUUCUAAUGUGAAAACACAGCUUUCUUAAAUAUCACUUUUAACAUCAUUUGAAAUCGCCAAAAACUAUGAGAAAGUAUUAGAUUCACUUAAAGGGGGGGGGGAAAUCUGAGAUUACGAGAACAAAGUCAUAAUAUACAAGAAUAAAGUUGUAACAUCUGAAUAAUACGAUAAUUUUACAGGAAUAAAGUUGUAAUUUAUUGAGAAAAAAACAGGGAAGAAGUCUUACAAAUAGAUAAAUCUUUUGGCUCAUCAGUACCACAUUAUAUUAAGUAUCAAGACUACUGUGCAAGUAGCUAAGUAGUCUUAGUCGAUUCUUAAUAAAAGGACAAAUUGCCUCUAUAAUAUUUUUGGUAAUGGUCGACUGAAAGGCUGUUAAGAUUGUUUUACAUGUACUUGCUUUUCAAAGGGGUUUCUUAGUUUCACAACAGCAGCUUAUCAAGAUGUUGGAACUCCAGCAAGCAUUAUUUUUAUUAUUCUUGUUGAGUUUUGAAAAUGUUCUUCUCAACGACUUUAAACUCGUAAUCUCAGAAUGUUAUUUUUCUUCAAUAUGGCCCUAAUGCCCCGUCAUAAAAAACGACAUAAAGCUUCUAAGACUGUCCUAAUUAUCCGGCAUGUUAGCUAUUGCCUGUAUCUCAUGCAAAUAUAUCAUUUUAGAAUUUUGCACGUUUUAUUGUCUUAUAAAAGAGCAUUUGUGUGAAACACGAAACUACUGAUACAUUUUUUACAAGUAGGUUACUCCUUUUUGCCGUCUGUGACUCUUGAAUUCUCAAAGGUGCAGCACGUGUGGGUUUAUCUUCGUCAUACAUGAACACUUGAACACUUGGAAUGUGGACAACAUGGUUUUUAAAGCUUUUACUAUACAGCUGACCUUGCAGCUCUUUUCUUGUUGUUGUUUUUUUUUAAUUGUACUUUUUUAACCGUGUAAUCCGUCUUUGGUACUUUCUGAAAUGUGUAGGAUGGAAAAAACAACCUGGAAGCAAAUGUUUUUGCUUUUAUUUGCUAGAGAUGUGUUGGUUUUGUUCAUUGUGUGCAAUUAUGUGUAAAAACCCUUUUCAUCAUAAUGAAGCUUACAAGCUGAUGUCAGCGGUAUAACACUGGCAGUAAAAUGCUAUGUUAAAUAUAGAGUGUGCCUUACAAGCCAUUGAAACCAAAGUUAGAGCAGAAGUAUGACAGUGUUGGUUCUUAUGUGAUUUUGUUUUUUUAAUACAAUGUGACCGCAUGUAUUAUGUGGUUUACCUUUUAUUUGGUUUAUAUUGUGGAGAUGCAACAGAUGUAUAAGCAAACACUCCUCCGCUCACUCCUAUUGUUGCUUCCUGCUUUGUGUUAAAGCAAUAAAUAAAAUUUAUCAGCGGUC